AUGUCUGCCGCUCGUCGACCCCCGCCAGCCUACACGGCCCCUCCUGAGUCGGGCAUACACGCUACCUCGCAGCUCUACCAGUCAAUCUCCAAAACUGCAUCCGACCCAGCAGCUCGUCUCCCCACGGAAUCUUUCACAAUUCGACCAUGCUCCGGCCAGGCUUGGGUAGUUCCCGCCGGUCACAUCUGCCGGUUGACCACGCCGCAGGGCCCGCAAGUGGGUGAUUUGAACAUCUGGAAUGCUAACAACCCUCGCGAGCGUAUGUGGGCCGCUCGCACCCGUCAGAUCCAUGCUUCCCAUGUAUCCGUUGGGGAUCGCCUAUGGUCCAAUCUACCCUACCUGCGGCCCCUGGUGACAAUCACCGGUGACUCCCUCGGCGGCGGGCAAUUGCAUGAUGUACUUGGCCCAGGUGGGACGCGCAACCCAGAGGUUGAAUUCGGGACCACGCAGUUUGGAGGCCGAGUGCAUGACUUACUGGGAACUCGCUGCGACCCCUACGUCAAUCUAUUAAUGGGCGGCGAGACAUUUGAUUUCCACUGCCACUCGAAUCUCACGCGUGCCGUGGUUCCCUACGGAUUGACCGAGCUGGAUGUUCACGAUGUUCUGAAUGUGUUUCAAGUGACGGGGCUGGAUGAGCAGGGGAAAUACUUCAUGGAGACCUCCCCCGCAAAGUCGGGAGAGUACUUCGAGUUUUUUGCCGAAAUGGAUGUUCUUUGUGCGCUAUCUGCAUGCCCUGGUGGCGACCUCUCUAAUUGGGGGUGGGAUGACAAGGAAGGGGGGUAUGGGCGCGACCUGUCGCCCUCUGGGGGUGGAGGUGUAUCAGCUGGCGGACCCCAAGGUGUUGGAAGAGUGGAAGACGCCGGAGAGCCCCAGAUAUCAAGGCCAACACGUGCCCCGCGUUUUGAGGGAGUUCCAGGAUCGUAA